AGCGAGAAAGCGGAGGGUGUGGGUGUGUUGUGGCGGUCUCCGGUUGAAAUACAGUGGUGCGAGUUUGGAUAUUGUGCGUGACGCCUCCCUGAAGCGACAUGACCUAAUAAGGCAUGUGGACGAAACGGACAGAACGGAAGCUCGGCGUUGCCGUGUACAGCUGGGCGGGCUGUGUACGCCAUGGCCUGCCUCUGUGUAUCGGUGACACCGUACACAUUCUGGAGGAGUGUGGCGGAUGGUACCGCGGCUACACGGUGCGACACCGCGGCCGGCGCGGCCUGUUCCCCGCCUCCUACGUCCAGCUCAAACCGUGCCGCGUCGAAACGGACGGGCCCCAGGAGCUGAUCACUGCCAUCGAGGACGGGGUGGUCACCGAGGUUACACAGGUGCUGCGCGAGUGGAGCGAAAAAUGGAAACAGCUCUUUGUGGACCGGGAGUCGCUGGAGGUCUCCUCCCUAUGGAAGGUGAUGCACGAACUGCUGGACUGGCGGCGGCAGCUGCUUACCGGAACACUCACCCAGGACCAAACCCGCGAGCUACGCGUCCGGGUCACCGCCAAAAUCGACUGGGGAAACAGGUCUCUGCGGUGCAGCGGCUCCGACCCGGGCCGUCAGCCCUCUCCCGGUUUGGAAUCCGACCCGCCGCGCCGGGCCGAUGUGUUUACUCUGCACCGGAUCGUCUCCGGUACCGGGUAUGAGUGUCCCCGCGACCGGCAGCUGGGCCUGGACCUGGUACCCCGGGUCGAUGGAUGUAUGGUCGACCCGGACCUCCUCUCCGUGGUGGCACUUCAUCAAGUGCACACUCAGAGCCUGGAGACAUCACAGGGCAUGUCGAUCCGCGGCACGCUGCGUAAGAAGGACACCAAGCAGGCGGCGGCCCACAACCUUCACCUGGCGCUGCGGGAUUUCGGGUACUCCACCGGCGAGGACGCGCAGCUGUUCUUCUCGCUGUACGACGCCAAGAGGGCGCGCUUUGUCAGUGAGCGGUUUCUGGUGGAAAUAGCUCGCGAUGGCGCCUCGAACUUCUACAACAAGCCUGCCAACAACGCGUCUACCGUGUUCACUGACCUGGGCUCCCUGGAGCAGUGCUCUCAGCUGUACCUGGUGGUUCAAGUGCUGCGGGUGGGCCGUAUGCUGCCGGCCGAGUCGUCCCGUCGGCCGGCUGUACAGCGGUUCCGGCGGCCGUUCGGCUGCGCGGCGCUCAAUAUCGGGGACGUGCUGUGCGCCGGUCGGACGGCCGAGGCGGGCCCCGAGCGCGAGCUGACGGUACGCCUGCAGCAGGCAGAGGAGCGCGACUUCUGGCAGCUGCACGAGCUGGUCAUCCGGCAGGCCAGCAAGGCCAGCGUCAUCUCCGGGCAGGGCAACUACGGGGUCGUACUGUCGCUGCGGCUCCUCCAGGGCAGCCUGGCUCAGCUGCGGCGCGACAGUCCCCUUCUGUUGAAGCACUCGGCCGUCACACGCAAACUGGGCUUCCCGGACGUCAUCAUGCCGGGAGACGUCAGGAACGACCUAUACUUGACGCUCGAGCGGGGCGAGUUCGAGCGCGGCGGCAAGUCGACCGGCAAGAACAUCGAAGUGUGUGUGAUGGUGGUGCGCGACGAGGGACGAGUGCUGGAGGAGUGUAUCGUAUCUGCGGGCGGCCAGCCGGGCCGGCGGCUGUACAACUCGCUGAUCCUGUACCACAACAACGCGCCCCGCUGGAACGAAACCAUCCGACUGGCGGUGCCCAUUGACUCGUUCACGGGCUCCCACCUGCGGCUCGAGUUCAGCCACUGCUCCAGCACCAAGGAGAAGGGGGAGAAGAAGCUGUUCGGGUUCGCGUUCGCCUGCCUGAUGGACGACGAGGGGGCCACCAUCCGCGACGGGACGCACGAGCUUUGCGUCUACAAGUGCGACGACAGGCACAAACUGCUGAACCCCGCCUGCUACCUGUCGCUACCCUGGCACACGGGCCUGGCCCAGGAGCCGGCCGGCGGCAACCACCACUUUACACGGACGGGCCGCGAGCUGGUCUGCGUGCAGACGCUACUCUGCUCCACGAAACUGACACAGAACAUUGAUCUGCUGUCGCUGCUGAAGUGGAAGCAGAGCCCGGACAGGAUCGUCGAGACGCUGACGCGCAUGAUGAAGCUGAAGGGCGAGGAGAUCGUCAAGUUCUUGCAGGACGUGCUGGACUCGCUGUUCUCCAUGUUCUCCACAGAGGACGGCAACUCGACCCAGCACUCCGGACUCGUCUUCCAAGUGCUGGUGAGUAUCUUCAGCCACCUUCAGGACAGCAAGUUUGAACACUUCCGGCCCGUGGUGGACGCUUACGUCAACGGACACUUCGCAGCCGCUCUCGUAUACAAGGGUCUGAUCAGCUGCGUGCGCCACUACGCCGACCAGGUGUCGGUCGCCGAGAAACAGGAGCCUCUGGUCAAGUGUUUUCGCAGCCUCGAGUUCAUCUUCCGGUUCGUCAUCCAGUCGCGGCUGCUGUUCGCGCAGCAGAGCGGCGGCCAGAACGAAGAGAGCUUCCGCACCGACCUCUACAGCCUGUUCAACGCAUUCAACAAGAUGCUGUCCACCUCGACCGAGGCGGCCACCGGCACGCAGGUGGCGAUGCUGCACUCUGUGCCGGCCGUGUUCGUCCAGCUGAGGGCCGUCCUCUCCGACAUUGAGAUCGCCCGACGGCUCUCACUGAUGCUGGAGUCACUGCCGCGCGAGGCGCCCACCAUCGUAGCCCAGGCCAAGCUGGCAGCCAUGAGGACGGUGGCAGGCAGUCCGCUCUUCCAGGACCAGGAAUCUCGGCGACUGCUGCUGCAGACGGCAUGUAAACACCUGCGGCACCACAUCAGCCACGGACAGGAGCUGCGGCUGUGUACAGACCUGCUGGGGGAGCUGCUCACUAUACUACAGACGCUGCAGGUGGAGUCGGGCGCCGACCUGCACCGGGAGGUGGAGAUCGUCUCCGUCUACCUGCUCGACACCCUGACCCGCGCCGUGCUCACGCUCGAGUCCUCGUCACCGGCGGCGGGCGGCGGCCAGCGCGGCCGGCUGGUGGCCGCCCUGGCCUCCCUGCUGCGACUGAUGGCGCCGCGACACUACUGCCACCUGUGGGACGAGGUGGGAGACUCGGAGCAGCUGACCCACUUCCUGCUGCGGCUGAUGGCCGUCUUCAGGGAGCUGGUCACCGAACAGAUGUUCCCCAAGGACUGGUGCGUGCUGCACAUGACGGUCAACAAGGUGAUCCUGAACACGCUGACCGAGCUGGCCAUCCCGCUGAGGGACCGCUUCCUCGAGGGAAAACACUUCAGCCAGCAGCUGUGGCUCAACUACCUGACGCUAUCGGUCACGUUCCUGACCCAGCCGGCCCUGCAGCUGGAGACCUUCUCCGAGGUGAAGCGCGAGAAGUUGCUACAGAAGUACCAGGACAUGCGCGUGCUCAUGGGCUUCCAGCUGCUCUCAAUGUGGAGUCUUCUCGGCGAGCACAAGGGCCACUUUGUGCCGGCGCUGGUGGGUCCGCUGCUGGAGGUGACGCUGGUGCCCGAGACGGAGCUGCGGCGCGCCACACUGCCCGUCUUCUACGACAUGAUGGAGGCCGAGCAGAACGCCAAGGGCUGCUUCAAACAGGUGGAGACGGAGCUGAUCGACAAGCUGGACAUCCUCGUCAGCGAGAACAAGGGCGACGACGAGUACCGGCGGCUCUUCGACACCAUUCUGAUGGAGCGGGUCAACAGCUGCGCGCCGGCCUGGCGCGAGGCCGGCGUGGGGUUCGUGUCGUCGGUGACGCGGCUGCUGGAGCGGCUGCUGGACUACCGCCAGGUCAUGGAGGGUGACGAGAACAGGGACAAACGGAUGAGCUGCACCGUCAACCUGCUGAAUUUCUACAAGAACGAGAUCAACCGGGCCGAGAUGUACCAGCGCUACAUCUACAAGCUGCAUGAUCUGCACGUCUCGGCCGAGAACUACGUGGAGGCGGCGUUCGCGCUCAAGCUGCACGCCGACCAGCUCGAGUGGAGCACCCGGGUGCUGCACGCCGACCUGCGCUUCCCCGUGCAGUGCGAGUGGCAGCGCAAGGAGCAGCUGCUCAACCUGAUGGUCGACUACCUGGACAGAGGCAAGUGCUGGGAGGCCGGCAUCCCGCUGUUGAAGGAGCUGGCGGAGAAGCACGAGACCAAAAUCUACGACUACAGCAAGCUGAGCGAGGUGCUAAGGACGAUGGCGAGGUUCUACGACCAGAUUAUGACGCAGCUCCGGCCAGAACCAGAGUACUUCCGAGUCGGGUUCUACGGACAGGGCUUCCCGCUGUUCGUCAGGAACAAGGUGUUUGUGUAUCGCGGCCUCGAGUACGAGCGGAUCGCGGCGUUCACCCAGCGCCUGCAGACCGAGUUCCCGGCCGGCCGUGUGAUGACCUCUCUGGCGCCGCCCGAGCCGAACCUGCUGAACGCCGACGGCCAGUGGCUGCAGAUCUGCAACGUGCGGCCCGUGUCGCGCGACGUGGCCGGCCUGCAGGGCAUCGAGGUGCCCGAGAAGAUCCGUGCCUACUACCUGGUCAACGACAUCGACACGUUCCGGUUCGACCGGCCCGUGCACCGCGGCACCGUCGACCGGGAGAACGAGUUCAAGACUCUGUGGCUGGAGCGGACCACGCUGCAGACGGAGGCGCCCCUGCCCGGUAUCCUGCGCUGGUUCCCGGUCACCUCCAGCCGCCGGGAGAUGGUCUCUCCGAUCCAGCACGCGUGUGAGACCGUGCAGACUGCCAACCGGCAGCUGCGCCAGCUGAUAGCCCAGCACUCGGCGCCCGGCGCUCCCGAUAAUGUCAGCCCGCUCAGCAUGCGCCUCCAGGGUAUGAUCGACGCGGCGGUGAACGGCGGCAUCGCCAACUUCCAGGAGGCGUUCUUCACGGGCGACUUUGCGUCUCAGCACCCGGAAUUGGCUGCGCACAUUCCGACGCUGAAGGCGCUUAUACAGGAGGAGCUGGCGAUUCUGGAGCACGGUCUGAAGGUGCACGGCGAUCUGGCGCCGCCGGCCGUGCAGCCGCUACACCGCCGGCUGCGCCAGUGUUUCCAGCAGCUGCGCCAGAGCGCGGCCGCCUCGUGCAGCCUGCCGGCGGCGGCCGACUCUCCGGGACCGGCCCGGCUCAGCCGGCACAACAGCCACCGGCGCAGCGGCGGCGGCGGUGGCGACAAGCCCAGCAUACUCAGCACGCCCCUGCCGCCGGUGCCGAACGAGAAGCGCGCUCCGGGCGGCGCUGCGUCGUCCUCGUGCCGCAGCAGCCGCUCGUCCUCCUCGUCGUGCUCGGUGUACGGUCACCUGGUGGCCGGCGACUCUGUCGAGGACGACUCCAUCUACUCACGGCCGUCCGAGUGGGCUGACUCGCCGGGACGUGGGUCGUUGGGCUCGCAGGGCAGCGCCGCCGGCCGGCGACACGACGACUACAUCGUCAUGACCUGCGGCAAGGGGGACGGGGACGGUGUGCCGGACCGGCCCCCGAAGCGGGCCUCUGACGCCCGAUCGUGGACGGAGAGCCCUCGACUGGGCGGCCGGCGGUCCCAGCUGAGUGACUGGGACCCGGCCGCGCCGCCACUGCCUCCCAAACCCCCAGAGAAGCGUCACACUACCUCCGUAUCAUCAGUCACCUGUAAUGGGGUCUACGAGAACCCGCCCUCUCUGCCGUCACGCUUCUCCAAAAAGGUAUCCGCUCCGGCGCUGUCUUCUUCAGGCGCCGAGCGGGAGGCGGGCACGCCGCCGCCGCUGCCGCCCAAGCUGCCGGCCUCGCCCGCCGUGUCGGUCAAGACGCGCACUCCCUCCCCAGCCACGGUCUCCCUUCCUACCAGCGACCGCGGCAGUCUGGCAGACAGCGAUAGUCCUCCCGACUUCGAGCCGCCUCCCCCGCCGCCGGCCGACGGCGCCGUCUCACCGGAGCAGGGCGACGGCACCGACUGCGAGACGUACAAGGUGCUGGACACGGCUCAGAUGCGCGCCUACAGACAGGAGGCCAACUACAAGUUCUUCGUGUCGCCCGGACGGAUCUGCGCCGAUGUGGCUGGGAUCAACGAGCGGCCGGAGUCGUGAGCGGUCCGGCGCCGGUCUCUGCUGCUGCGAACUAUCCUGUAUACCAAAGAGCUGUGUGCGCACUGCGGUGUGCAAGCGUGCGUGUGAACGAAUGCCUCCUUGCGUAUUCGUGUGCGUGUGUAUAUGAGUGCGAAUAUGCGCCGGGGCUAGCGUCAGAGUGCGCCGCCUCCGGCCGGAGCUAGUCACGUGUGCCUGCUGACCUGCGGCGCCCGCCUGUGAUAAAAAGUGCGCGGCGCAGAGUGUGCUACAGUCCCAUAUCAUACCGUGCGCGUCGUCGCAGCCCGCUGAGGACUAUCUGCUAUAUUGGCGGUGUGCUAUUGCGUUCUCCCGCAGCGGUGCGCCGUGUGCUACAGUCCCAUAUCAUGCCGUGUGCCACCCGGUGCCCGGUGUGCCGUGCCGUGUCCGUGCCGCCGCGGCGACCCGUUUUAUCGCCGGAUAUGUGCUGGCAGUGGUGGCAGUGCUGAGCGCCCACUGCGCCUGUUUACACUGAAUUGAGCCAAUAUGACGAGUAUUUGUA